AUGAGCUGCAACUGGGGCACCGAGCUGUGGGAUCAGUUUGAUAACCUGGAGAAACACACGAGCUGGGGAAUCGACUUCCUGGAGAGAUACACCAAGUUUGUUAAAGAGAGAGCUGACAUCGAGCUGAGCUACGCCAAACAGAUCAGGAAUCUGUCUAAGAAGUAUCAUCCUAAGAGAAGCAGGGAGGAUGAGAGCAGGUACACCUGGUGUUUGGCGUUUGCUGCGACUCUCCGUCAGCUGAACGAAGUCGCGGUUCACAGAGAGGAACUCGCUGAAAACCUGAACAUGCAGAUCGUCUGUGAGCUGACUCGAUUCACUCAGGAGCUGAAGACUGAGAGGAAGACGCAUUUCCAAGAUGGCCGCCGUGCCCAGCAGCACAUUGAGAGCUCAUGGAAACAGCUGGAGUCUAGUAAACGUCGGUUCGAGCGUGACUGUAAGGAGGCGGAGCGAGCUCAACACGCCUCCGACAGAAUCGACCUGGACAGCAAGACGGACGGAGAGAAGCGCUGCUCUCUGAAGGCUCGUCAGACUGCUCAGCAGAAACAACAAGCGGCCGAAGAGUCCAGGAAAGACUAUGUGACCAGUUUAAACCAGUUUAACCAAGACCAGCACCAGCACUACCACACACUGGUACCAGUUAUAUACCAGCGGAUCCAGGACAUGGACGAGCGGCGGAUCGAGAGAAUCUGCGAUGCGAUGCGUUCAUCAGCAGAGGCCGAGAGAAAAGUUCUUCCUGUUGUGAGUCACUGUCUGGACGCCAUGAUGGACGCCGCUGAGGGCAUCCAGCCUCGGAUGGACACGCGUCAGGUGGUGGAGGUGUAUAAAUCAGGCUUCGAUCCUCCAGGUGACGUAGAGUUUGAAGACUAUAGCGCCACCAUGAGGCGGAGCAUUUCUGAAUCCAGUUACCUCGACAACCGGACUGAAGGGCGGAGACACAGCAGGAAGCUGUGGCCCUUCAUACGAAAAACCAAGCUGUUGACCCUCCUCUCCUCCCCCCGGCAGCCUCCCCCUCCACCCCCAACCUCACCUUCACCUGGAGGUGUGGCCAGCAGUCCCCAGUCCCCGCCCCCUUCUUCCAGAGAACCAAUCGCACAGCGGCUAAAUGACCUCAUGAUCUCUGGCUCCAAAACGAGGAAGCAGUGUCUACGGAGCCUCAAGAGAGGGCUGUCUCUCAGACUGGGCUCGGGUCCUGCAGACUGCAGCCACCUUCCUCCUGAACAGAGACGAAAGAAACUUCAGACCAGAAUCAACAACAUCAACCAGGAGCUUCAGAGAGAGAGAGAGCAGAGAGAUGCCUUGUUGAAGAUGAGGGAGGUUUAUGAACAGAGUCCUCAGAUGGGAGACGCCGGCAGUUUGGAACCUCGUCUGGAGGAAGUGAAGCAGAGUCUGCAGAGACUGGAGGACGAGCUGAGGAGGAACCAGGCAUGGCUGUCGGACGUGGACAGCAGACUGUCUGAGAGCAGCAGCAGGAGACAGAGCGGAGGCUGUGGCUUAAAUUCUCAGGUGACGACACCAGGAAGCAGCAGCCUGAAACACCUGGACAGCCGCAGCCCGGCCAGCAGAGAGAGUCCUGACGGCAGCUACACAGAGGACCACAGCGCCGAGCUUCAGUUUAAGUCUCGCAGUUCAGAGUUUGACGAUGACUUUGAUGAUGAAGAGCCGUUACCGAGCAUCGGCACCUGCAAGUCCCUCUACCCGUUUCAAGGUCAGAAUGAAGGGACUCUGUCCAUGGUGGAGGGAGAACUACUGUCUGUGGUGGAAGAAGACAAAGGAGACGGUUGGACCAGAGUACGGAGGAAUCUGGAGGAGGAGGGAUACGUCCCCACGUCUUACAUCAAAGUCUUCCUGGACAGCAGUGCCAAAGGCUUUGUGCAGAGUAGUCGUCUAGUCUAGCGCAGUAAUCGACCAAUGAGGACAUCUCGCCACAGGAAGUGAUGUAAAGGAAAGAGCUCAGAGGAAG